UUCACACUAAAGGGGGCGGAUCUACACUAGGUGAAGUGCUUAAAAGUUUGGACCGCAGCCCGCCUCCUUGUCUGCGGACAACGUUUCAAAACGUAAAAGAAGAUGCAGAUUGCAAAGGCAGAAGGAAGAGUAUGCGGAGGUGGAGCAACACGAAGGGUCAAAAUUAGCGAGUCGGCGACUGCGUGAAUGUGAGGAUAAAUAAAUCUAAUAGGCCGGAGACGAUGUGAAUGAGGACUGCCUCCUAUCAGAUUAAAUUUCCACUGCAGUCUUCCCAAAAAAUGAUGGUUGAGUGCACCUCUGAAAUGGAUCAGACGUUGUGGAGUCAGACGCCUCCUUUUCUACCACCACCAACAGUAGCAAAGAAGACUAAAAAAAAGUGUGAGUGCUGCCCUUAUGGGUAUCACAUCGACCUAGACUUUGUUCGCUUCUGCGAGGUUAUGGACUCUAAAACAGCCGCACCAAGCAGCACAUUAAGAGAACGCAGGCGGCAGCGUCAGUCCAUGGAGGUUCUGCUGGGCAUCACCAGUCCUGUUGUCUGGCAACUUGAGCAGCAGGUUGAGUGUGAAAACAAACUGGCUGAUAAACUGGAGGAAAGAACUGUGGCAGAAAAACUCACAAAUAUGGCCAGAGAAGAAAAGAAAACUUUUUCAGUUUCUUGCCGAGACGCACUAAACAAGGCUGUAUUGGAUUUUGAAGAGACUUAUCAAAUGACCAAUAAGAACAUUUCACUGGCUGAUGUUACAGAGCUUUUACAUACAGUUGAAGACAAUAUUCCUGAAGUCCCAUUGCAUCAUUCACCUUCAGUGUCUUCCCUUUCGAGCUGCUCAAGUGAUGAUAUGCCUUUAGACAUUAUAACUAAUUUUUAUGAGCGUGCCUCUCAUAGAAGUCAAGAGUGUGACACAAUCAGCAUAAGCAGCUCAGUCUCGGGCAUCAGCACUGGGGCACUUCAAGUUGUUAGAGAAAAAGUGGCUAAGAGUUUAGAAAAAAUGAAAGAGAUGGAGGAGAAUCUAAAACAUAUUCCACUUCUUCGGAAUGAGGUGAAUAUUUUGAAAGACGAAAAGAGGGUUCUGUUGCUUCAACUUAAAGCAGUAGAGGCUGAGAAGAAUAAUUUGGCCAAUUCUUUGGUCAGUGCAAACUUCAAGCUUGCUAACAAUGAGUUAAAACAAAAAACUACAAACUUACUCAAUAAUUCGGACGUGAGCUUCGACAGCACUAUCUUCACACGGGAUGUCGGAGUUUCACAUCAGUACCCAAAACUUCGCUCUACCAGCACCCAGGUUGACAUGGUGAAGACUUCCAUUGAAUCUAAGCCUAUUCUAGUGUCACCUCCUGUCGCAAAGAAACCUUGUAGGUUGUCCAUGGACACCCUUAAGCCACAGUUCAUUGCCCCUGAGUGUGACAAGGUUUCCAUAAAGCUGGUGAACAAAAGCACCAACACUCGCUAUGCCAAGGUGAAGGAUUGUGACACACUCACUGAUUUAAAAAUGCAGCAGCUAUACACUGAAAGCCAACUGGAGGAAAUGCUCGAGAGUCAUGAAAAGAAAAUAAAACGAGGGGAGGAGGCUCUCAGGGCUAAACUUAAAGUUGACAAAUCUGUUAUGGCGAAGCCACGGAUGUCGGAUGUGAGUGUCCUGACUCGGGUGAAGAUGAAGAAUGUUGGUGUCUCUGACCACAGUAUGCAGAUCCUCCACUGUGAUUUGUGCAAUGUGUCGAAAAAGAAUGUUGGGGUUUGCACUACUGCUCUAAUUACAACACCAGACCAUUUGGUACCCCAGACUAUGGUGCGCAGCAAGUCCUCAGACCACUUCAGUGUCAGGCAAAAGCAGAGACCUGUGGCUAACAAACUGACAGACACCUCCGACCUCAUCAUUUUGGAAAACUUUGAAAGAAACACUACCCAUAUUCAGAAAGGCGACUCCUCUGUAUUUACAAAAGACAAGAGCGUGUCUGUUAUGAUUGAACCACCGGUCAUUCGGUCAGAACUCGCAGUUCCGGCUCAGUGCAAAACUUGCGCUGAAAGAAUAACUGCAACCGAAAAAUUUGAAUCUGUUUCCACGUUGCCGUCGUCCAGUCCAAGGUCUCCAGGAACAAAUCAGCCAUCUCAGAUUCCGAGGAUAGCUCGUACGAAAGGACAGAACCCUUCUGCAGCCAAGAAGCCUUUCAACCGCCAGGAUACUUAUACCAAAAUCAUUUCUGACGUCACCAGCCAGACAAUUCCUGAGAAUGGGUCAGAGUCCGUCAGUGCGUCUACAAAUGUAGAGGUCAAGCUGGCAGGUCCAGAGAGAAGCAGAGAACUUGUUUCCUCAACAAGCACAGACAAUCGUUCCGAUGAGGAGGGAAACCAAAACCUCAGUUCCUCUGCGGACCAACUGUACAUAAUUUCCACACAAAAGAAGAAUAGAAAAAAGGUGGAGCCAAGUAAAGAAAUGAGAGGAGCGAUGAAAGUGAUGAGUGAUUCACUGAAAAGGUCACCUCACAGUGAGUUGCCCACCCAGCUCAAAGCAGCAGUCAAUAUCAUCCAGAGGGAAUGGUUCCAGAUAUCAAGUUCAUCAUUAGCAAAUCCCUUAAACGUCGAAGACUAUUUGGACAGUUUUGAGGACUAUUCCAGUGAACUUUUAGAGCAUAUAGUGAACAUGACCGACGAUAGUGGGAACACUGCAAUGCAUUAUGCAGUUUCUAAUGGAAACUUUGACGUCGUGUCCAUCCUGUUGGACUCAAAGGUGUGCAACAUCAACCAGUUCAACCAGGCUGGCUACACAAGUGUGAUGCUUGUAUCUUUGGCCGAGGUACAAUCUGAAACUGAUAGCCAGGUCGUGCAGAGACUCUUUCAACUGGCUGACGUCAACAUCCGUGCUAAACAACAUGGCCAAACUGCUCUGAUGUUGGCCGCCUCUCACGGAAAGUACUCGAUGGCCAGCAUGCUGCUGUCAGCCGAGGCUGACGUCAACAUUCAAGAUGAUGACGGUAGCACUGCCCUAAUGUGUGCUGCCGAGCAUGGUCAUAUCGACAUGGUCAAACUGCUGCUUUCUCAGGAUAUAGAUGCGAGCAUCACUGAUCAUGAUGGGAGCACAGCCCUGAACAUCGCAAUGGAAGCAGGACAUCGAGAUGUUGGAGUGCUCCUCUAUGCACACCAACAUUUCAACUCUAGGAGCAGUUCAAGAACCGGCUCUCCAUUUUCUACGCUGAAACGCAAAGGCAAAUAGCUGGUAGGGACUCUUCAGGCAGAGUGAUCAACACUUUCGUGAAAGUUAACCUCGUUCUUAAAAUAUUAUUAUUAAUGGGUUCUUUUGGUCCACGUUGUUAAAAAGGACUUCACAAAUAUUUGACCGCAAAUUGGGGCCGAAAUUGUGAAAUCAUUGUGAACAAUGAUUUUUGUUAUUAAAUUAUAUCAUUGAUUCUCUGGCCAUGAUUUGAAAAGUUUGGAUUCUACUUUUUUGCAAAAAGUUUGGCAUUCAAUCAAAUCAAAAUUGCAAAUAUCUUAGCUUCUUUAGUGGACACUUAGAUGUGAUCUUCACUUCUGAUUGUUACUUAUUAUUCUGAACAACUUCUCUUUCAAAAUUCUUGUCCAUAUAUUAUUAUGUAGGCGAUUUUUCUCCAAAAAUUUAUUUGAUAUUUUUUUUAAGUCUUGAAAUCCUUAAAAAAAUAAUGCUCUAAUUUUUUAAUUUAAAAUUUCAUCAAUCUAAAUAAGAAAUAUAGCAUUUUGAACCACAAAUCGAGGCCAAUUCACUGCCAAGCAUUCAUAAACGGGUCUAAAUAAAUUGCAUUGAAAGAAAAGUGGCCGAUCUCUUUUGAUGUCGGGCGUUUUAGCAGACCUCAGCUAGUUGUGAUACCCUUUCUGCUCAUUUUUUUCCAAUUCUAUUUUUUCAUGUAUGACUUGAGUAGAAUAAACAACAAUAAGUUGUUAUGGGAGAAAAACAUUGAAUUGUUGGGAAGAAAUGGCACCACCACUUUCAAAGAUUUUGCUAAAAAUUGUGAGAUUGAAUGAACCUGGGCCCCAUCCAUAUUGUAUGGCCGUGGGCAAGUUACACGUUAGAGGGUGGGCUGGGAAGGUCUGGCUUUUAAUUACCCUAUAUUUCUUUUGCAUAACAUACUUAAACAUUAUUGAUGUAACUUUGUCUAAUUGUAACAUUAAAUUCUUCAAAUUUUAAAAAUAAUUAUUAAGUUUUUAAUGAAAAAAUUAAAUUGAUUUUUGGUUUUGGACUUUUGAUUAAUUUCAGAUUAUUUCUGUACUAUGUUGAUCUAUAUGGAAUAAAAAUUAUCUGAAUCUGAAUCUGAAGCUUGAA